CAUGAAGUUCGCAGUGAAUGGGAGUCAUUUGACAGUUCGAGCGAAAAUGUAAAAAGCAUGUCAUUUUAUAGAUUUUGUUGACUAGACAUCAAUGGAUCCUUUUCCGAUUCACAGGAGAAUGGAAGAAGAACUCAUAUCAGAUGUGUCAGUUACAGAUGUUUAUGAUCAAGCGGCGGGUAUAGGGAAAGAGUUUGAAAAAUUGAUAGAAAGUUAUGGAGUGGAGUCUGUGACUGAUUUAAUGCCCAAAGUUAUCAGAGCCCUAGAACAGUUAGAAGCACUUGCUGCCAAAUAUGAAAAAGAAAGUACUGAAAUAUCAGACUUAAAACAUGCGUUGGAUAAGUUGGAAAGUGAGAAGGCGGAUAAAAAUUUGGAACGGUUGCGAUUUGAAGAGGAGUUAAUACAGAUAGAGGAACAAUGGCAGAAGGAAUCAAAGGACCAGGUUGCAACAAUUGGUCGACUACAGGAGGAUAAUCGACGCCUAAAAUCAUCCCUGUCGGAACAAAAACUGGCAGUAGUCGAAGAGGUUGCUGCUGUUGCGAAACAGACGGAAGAAAAAGAGAUUGAGGUUCUUACAAAGUUGAAGGACACCGUCGAUCGACAGCGCGAAGAGAUCCGCAAAUACUCGCGGGAAAUCAAACAGAAAAAUGUUGAUGUAGAAGCUCUUCAAGCGCAAUCUGAGCGAUUGGUUAAAAUCAACAUCGAACUCCGGCGUAAAAACCAGUCGCAGAAGAAACAUGCUCGAUCUCUCAUCAACGAAAAGUCUGACCUUGAGACUCAACUGGCUGAAAAAGAACAGCAGGUUUCCAAGGUUAAAGAGAUGAUGAAGGACCAGGAGAGCAUGGAUGACGGUGCUGUUACAGAGAAACUCAAACAGCAGCUUGGGAUGACCAGCAUGAAUGGCGAGGUUUGUGAGGAUGCCGAACAUAGAAUGAUAGCAGACGGCGGUAUACAGACGGAUGAAGAAAACUCUGACCAGCUCACAGAUAAACUGAGUCUUAUUGGGAAAAUUGUCAUUGAUAAACAGGACCCCAACAGGCCGCGUUUCACGCUGAACGAGUUACGAACAGUGCUGAUGGAACGUAAUGAACUGAAGGCCAAACUGAUGGAGGUCGAAGAUGAGUUGGGGUUGUUUAAACCAAAAAUAAAUAUUGAUGAGUAUGUUAUCAUAGAAACAGACGACAAUUCCAAUGCCCUCUCAGAAGAACUUGAAACAGCAGACGUAAAAACAGAAGAGCCAGAGGAAGAAGAAGCGGAAGAAGAAUUAGCUGUGCAGGGACCAAUUAACCGCGAACCGUUUGAGAAGAUUUAUGGCAAGCGACCCUCGGGAAUUCGUAGAUUCUUUGGGUCCUUAUUUGGGAACUCUCCAAAGGAUCGUUACCCAGUCCAGUGACUUACUCCCGAUGAAGAGACUUAUACAGCAUUCUGUGAUAUUGUAAAGAAAACGGAAAUCAACAUUGCCCCACCCAUUCUUUUUCAAUGCUAAAUUAACUUUGUUGAUUUAUACAUGUUUAUAUAAUUUGUUACUGCUUUUUGUUAAGAUAUUUUUAGCUGCUAUAACAUUAUCAUUUUCAUUACCAACAUACAAUGUACAUUUUUGUUCAUAGGUAAUUAUAAUGAAUGUAGGAAUCAUUUUUAUCGUAUAAAUCAAAUGAUUAUCUUUGAUUUGACCCGCUAAUACUUGCGUUAAUUUUUUCUUUGAUAUUAGCUUUUUGUUUUUUUCAAGGAAAAUCAACAAAGGUGUAAUAGUAUUGCUAUAGGCAUGGUGUGUUUGUCAUUGUUGUCAAUGGCGUCCUGCAAUGCCUCUACUCAAAAAAAGUCAUGGAUAUGAACAUUAAAUUUUGUAAACAUUUAUGACAAUGUGCAUUCAAUAAAUGGGUAUCAAAUCCCAUCUCUCUAGCUUAAAUUGUAAGUUAAGUGUUGCCGUCAAGAACUGAGGAGCAUCAGCAACCCCUUAUAAGUUCUCUUAACGUUAAUUUAGUGAAACAUUUUAAAGUGCUUUAUACAGAUGUUUUGUCAUUAAAUGUACAUUUUUUUGUGGAAAAAUCAAAAUGAUUUGUUACAUUAUUUUUCGUUCUUUUUUUGUCAAUUUCCAAACCAUAUACUUCAUAAUGGUCAACCAAUCAGCUAUUUAGAAGAACAUUGAUACACAAUUCAUUCAGUGUAAAGGAGUAAAUGCUUUUGUUUUCCCGUCUUGCAUUUGAAAUUUACUGGUAUACCCAAUUUUUCUGGUAUUUUUUUUGUCUGCAUCUAUCUAUGUCAGCGUCCUAUACACAGUAAUUUACGGCAAUAAUAAUUUUUCAAAAUCAUCCCUUUGUGUUAUCUGGAAUGGGUUGGAAUCAGAAUUAAGGUUAAUGUCUUAAAAAGGAAUGAUAAAUGACAAUAUAUGCAAUUCUAAAUAUUUUAGUUUGAAUACAUGGAAUACAAAGCAGGGUAAAUAGCUUAGAUCCCUCUAGAAAUUAAAGCCAUUUAUUUCCAUUUCUAUGUAUUUUUGUCUGUUUUUAAUGCAAAUGUCUAGCAAAAAACAAAUUUGAAUUUAAAGUAUUCCUGCUUAAAGCUUUCUAUAUUAGGGCAUGUCUUAAAAUGCUCUAACUUCUAAGGUUAAAGUGAUACAUUUCGGCAGCAUUGCUUACAGUAUUUAUGUUGUAAACAUUCCAUUUUUGUAUUGCCUCGUCAUGACAAAAUGAUUCAUUAUGAAAUGUAUUUUCCCAUCUGCAGUUCUGUAGAAAAUGUUAGUAUGCACAAGCUUUAUGUGUAUGUGACAUGAUGCCAAACCACCCUGAUAAAUGAUGCAUAACUGGAAAAAUUAAUAUUCAUAACUGGUAAAAUGAAUAUGCAUUACUGGCAAACCAAUGGAGAGAUAUACAAGUCACAUGAUAACUCUGGACAAAAAUGCACAUGGUCUUGGGUUCAAUAUAGUUGUUUGUCAAACAAAGAAGGUAAUUUAGUCGAGGGGGUUCGUCGAGGGGGUUCCUAAUUUGAUUUAGCAUCAUAUCAAGAAUUUGUCAAUAGAAGUAAAACUGAUAUUACACCAGCUCCCAAUUUGAUAACUGUCCUGAAAUCAUAUUAGAGAUAUAUCAUUGCAAAUUUAUGUUUUCACAUUACUUUGUAAUAAUUUUCAAUUUUGAAUCAUACAUUUGAAACAUUCAGUUUUUGUUUCAAAGGUUGUAAUUUUUUGUUGUGAACAUUCCUUGGUCAUUUGGUGAUUUUGUGAGCUUGGUUUUCUAAAUGAAUCCAUAAAUGCAAAAUCCAAUCACUUUCAUAACAUAGCAUAAGCUUAGAUAAUUAAAGAUGCAUUUGGAUUGCCGAUAUUUUGUUUUAGAAACAUUUUGGUCAAAAAUGAUUAUAAGUAUCUUCCAUGGCUGAGAGUGUAAGAUAGGUUCAACCCGACCCGAGCGCAGGGUGUUUUGUGAAAACGAGGUUUACCGAGUUUCCGCAAAACACCCUGCGCAAGGGUCGGGAUGAACCUAUUUUACACGAGCGGCUAUGGUAGAUGCUUUUUCUCCCACCUCAGUUAAACAAAAUUGUGUAAAAAUGUAUUUCUUGCUGGAACUCUUUUGUGCGUAGUGAAAAUAAUUGCAUAUGUAUAUUUGAUAAUUCGUGGUUGUCAUGGAUAUGCUCGCAGUGAUUCAGGUUAUGUUACUAGUCAAAUCGGUCUUUUAAUAGUUCGGAGGAGAGUGGAGCAUUAUUUCUUGAAAUAUGCGUGAAAACUUUUUUAUGGUGACAUUUAAGGUGAGAAAUAGUUAAUUAGCAUUCUAAAUAUUGCCACAAGACAAGGCUUCUUUGAUGCUACAGACGACUGUCUUUAACAAGGGAGGUAAUUACAAUGUAGCGACAAUUAAAAAGGAGUUCCAUACGGGCAUUUUAUCUUCGCCCGUGGGCAAGAUAAGAAUUUCUAGCAUGCUUAAAUUAUUGGAUCUACUUACCUGAGGUGGGAGAAAAACACUUCUUUAUCAAGCAAAUGUGGCAUUUCUGUUUUUAAGAAAAAAGGUUUCAAGAAAUUAAUUUAAUUUGUAUACAAUGAAAUUGAAAAAAAAAAGAAGAUAAAAUUUAAAACAUGACAUUACAAUUUGUCUUCAUUUCAUAUUUCAUAUUGUUUUUGUGUGAUAUAAUUCUAUGUUUGGGGCCAAAUAAGAAAUCUAUAGCUGACAAAAUAGAUUAUUUUUAUACAUGAUUUGCAAUAUAUAUCGUAGGUGUAUUGUAUUAUAGUAGUGAUUAUAUAAUUACGGUAUUAUAUGAAAAUGUGUCAGUAUGCAAGUAUUCUUGUAUGUAGCUAGAAAAAGUUUAAAGUUUAUGUGAAAUUGUAAACACAUGUUGUGCCUGAUUUAUUUAUCAAGUAAAAUACACAUAUUUUGAUGCUCUGAUUUUGCUUUUCAAAUUAAGGUUACUGAUUUAGUAAUUAAGCUUGUUAUUUUUAUUGAGACAUUGGCGAUAAUGUUAAAUUUAGAUGCAUGGUAACUCUAUAUUACUUUUUUUUAAAGGUCAAAAUGGCACAUUGAAUAAGGCAGUGAAUAAUUAAAGCACUAUGAAUUUCAUAGAACAUGUUAGAAAUUGUGCUUAUUUGAAGUAGUAUUAAUAUACAGUUCAACUAAUAAAUAUGUAUUGUUUUUUAAAUUCAUGAUCAUAUUUUAAGUUAUGAUAAACACAAAAGAAAUAUUUGAUUAUCUUAAGCAUUUAACUCUUUGAAGGCUCUUUAGCGACAAUUGGUUAUGUUACAAUCUGCUGUUAUAUGCCAUGUCAAUUAAGUGAUAUAGAUUUUAAAUCAACAGAAGAUUUGACUUAAGAAAGGCAAAUUGGUAUAAUAAAUGCCUAAAUGAUAAUGUUCCAAUAAUGCUUAUAACGGUUAGACAAAUAAAUGUUCUAUUUAAAAAGUCAAACCAUGUUAAGAACUGUGUGAGUCUUUAUUGUGAGGUUGAGGACAUGUUUAUUUGCAAGAUUUGCCAAAUUUUGUUCUCAGGUUGUCAUAUUGUCUUUUGUGGUAUAUAUUUCAUGAAUUGCAACAUUGUACAAGAAAUAAAAAAAUGUUAUAUUUAUCUCAUGAAUUUAAAGCAAUUUGCAGUAAUCAAACACUAUCAAGACAAGUAAUCAAGAUCAAUUGUGCUUUUUGUGCACCUAUUAAUGUUCUGUUCCAUGGGGGCGGCAGACUUAGAAAGCGGGUGAAUGCCGAUAAACUGAAAUUUGACAGGACUGGUACGACCACUCUUAGGGAAUAGAUUUGGCCGGAUUUUGUUCGGAAGGAUUUCUGUGGCCUGGAUUUUUAAAAA